AUGGAUGCGUCUUUUGAUCAAUUUGGAGGUUAUGGAUGGGGAGAACAAUCUGGAGGAGGUGGAGGAGGACAAGAUUUUAACAUUCCUACACCAUUUCAAAAAAGCCACAUAACUGAUAAAAUUCCAAUCCCAGCAAUUGUUGAAGAUUUGUUGACAAUGUCUAAUGAUGAGGAAAAGUAUGUAAUUGGUGGAUACUCGUUCAAUACGGUCAAAAUUAUGGGCAGGAUUGUGAGUGUGUUUACCGAUUCAAAUCAAUGUACUACCUACGAAAUUUGUGAUGGAAUGGCUGAUGAUCCACGCGUAGCUAAACGAUUUACUGUUAUUCGUUAUGGAGGAACUGAUUUGCAACCAAAUAUGGAGCAAGUCUUUUCUGAGGGCCAGACAGUUCAGGCGGUUGGAAAACUUCGACUGUUUAAUAACCGCCUCAGUCUUGUCAGUUUUCACAUUCGGGAUGUUUCAAUGGAGGAAGUUGAAAUUUAUAAAAUGGAGUGUAAACUUGCCAAGUAUUACUUUUCUAAGAAUUUACCUGAAAAUUCCCACGGAUUAGACGACACAAUUUUCCGCAAUGCACAAACUUUGCCUCGUCCAGGAAUAUCUUCUCAAGCAACAGCAACAACUCCAAGUCGUUCAACUACAACUAUGUCAAGUUCAAUCACUCCAAGCCGUCAACAACAACCAUCAAAACAAUAUGCUAAUUUGUCACAACAACAAGCAAAGAUAAUGGAUUUUAUUAAACGAUUUGGAGAUGCAAAUAAAGGUUUGUGGGGAAAAAUAUUUUUUUGGUUUUUUAGUUAUAACGGUUCCUUAUUUUUAAAUCGUUUCCUUUCCUUCUAUUCGGGUGGGGGCUAA